AAUAGGCAUAGUGCAAGCUUAUCUAUGCAGCGAUCACGAAUGGCAGGCGAUGGUGUCAUCUCACGCCAUCAGCCCCCGCACGUUCACAUAAAACCCCAGCAUCUCCAUUUAUCGCAGGCCCCUUUUCGACCUCAGCAAGCCAAACUGCUGUCGUAUACCGGAAAACAAUGCCUUCAAUAUCAAACCCACGCCGAGCAGCCGCAUUGUCGGCCCUCGCGGACCUCAAACUGCCAAAAGACCUGCACAUUUCCCCGGACGGCUCCAAAGUCGUAUAUGCGCUUGAGAGCUUCUCGCGCAAAGAGAGGGCUGCUACAUCGUCGCUUUGGAUUGCCGAUGUUGGUGUGAACCAUUCCGCUCGUCAGAUUACGUCGGGGCUCUUCAGGGAUGAACAACCGAGGUGGUCGCCUGAUGGUCGGUAUAUUGCGUUCUUGUCGGAUAGGGCUGGACGGGGGAAAGGAGGUGUGAUUUACCUGCUGGCGCUUGGAGGGUUUGGCGAGGCAUAUCCGGUUGCUGAGGGUGUUCGGGGGGUCAAGGAGUUUGAGUGGAGUCGUGAUGGGAGGUUCAUUGCUUUUGCGAGUACGGAUGGACAUGCAGAUGGUGAUGCAGGAGAGGAAGACACAGACGAGCCAGUGGUCUUUGGAGGACAGGAAGAAGAGAGCAACAGUCAGCGUCUGCGCAUUGUUGACGUUGAGAGAAGGAGUGUCCGCACAUUGACUCCAGCAGACCACAACGUGGACUUGUUCUCGUGGAGUCCGACAUCUCCAGAAAUCGCAUACACCAUAUCAGACGCAGUCUCCGAGUCGCAAUUCAGCAGUAGCCGAAUUGACAUUGUCUCUGCCGACAGUGGCUCAAGAAGAACGUUCAUCAAGACAAAAGGCCCUGUCACAUCCCUGGUCUGGACUGAACGAGACAAACUACAUUUCAUCGCUCGCCCCACGCCUCCCUACACCCAGCCUUCUGUGUACGAGGCACGCAUCAAGUCAAAGCAGUAUGGCAGCUACUUUGGCUGGGACGGAGAAGCCACUUCUCUGCACCGCGCUCGAGACUCGGUCGUCGCGCGCAUACAAAACCCUAAUAACGAAGCCGCGCACGCACUCGGGGUCGAGAGCACCUCCUGGCCAUUCCCUAGCUUCUUCAAGUCCGAAUACGAAAUCACAUCCUUUGACGCAUUCCGCAAGCCUGCCUCGGACGACUUCACGCUCGCCAUCGCACGCAGCAGUCCACAGGUCGCAAACGAGGUCUGGUCUGUAACCACCAACAAGACAGGCGGCUCCAGCCUCGUCAAGCUCUCAUCGCACAACUCCACCUUUGACGGAUUCCGAUCAAAGCGGAUCUCAACGACCGGCUCAAACGGGUGGGAAUGCGACGGAUGGCUCUUCACCCCGAGACCAGCAGUAACGAUAUCCCGCCGUCUCCCGCCAACAGUGGUCCUACUUCGAAGCCAUCCGACCCUCCCUUCCUUCUCCAUGGGUCCUCAUCUAGACGUCGCGCAUCUAACAUCAGCCGGAUACGCUGUGCUAUGCCCCAACCUCCGACGAACAAGCGGCGGAAUCGGUGAACGCUACGCAGACCUAAUCGCAAUCCUCAAGAAAGCCGUCUCGGAGAAUCUCGUCGACGAGUCCCGCGUCACUAUAAGCGGGUGGUCAGACGGGGGAUUCCUCACCUCGCUCGCGGUGAUCCGCAACGAGUUCAGCUUCCGCGCUGCUGUUUGUGGCGGCGGCGUUGUUGAUUGGGACUUUGUCAAUGCGAAUAGUGACCCCUUUUGGCCGGCGCCGGAUAUUCCCAGUCUAUCUUCAUCGCCGGGUAGAAGCACGCGUUCUGUCUCGACUGCUACUUCUGAUGGGAAGGAUGGCGUGGAGAAGCGGAAAACACCGCUCCUCAUCCUCCAUGGGCGCGAGGACGAUCAGGUCCCUGUGUCUGGGCCUUUGGCAUUCUGGCGGGAGAAGCAGCGGUGGAAUGGGCCCGUCCAGAUGGUGCUGUAUCCCAAGGAGAAGCAUGUUAUUAGGGAGCGGAAGCAUCUACUUGAUCUAUGGACGCGAGUGCUCCAGUUCUACGAUAGGUAUUUGGUGUAAUUUAGAUUCGUUAACUCGCAUAUUAUAAAAUUCACUUUAAACUUGGC